AUGCAUUUUCUAUUAGUCUAUCUUUCUAUCUUAUUCUGUUCAUAUCUAUCUAUUUAUCCAUCUGUCUGUCCAUCUAUAUAUCUAUCUUUCUGUCUAUCUUUCUGCCUAUCUCAUUCUGUUCAUAUCUAUCUCUCUAUUCAUUAUCUAUCAGUCUGUCUCAUUUUGUUCAUAUCUAUAUAUUUAUCUAUCACAGUCUGUUCUUUAUCUAUCUAUCACGCUAUUAAUUAUCUAUCGGUUCAUCUAACUUAUUCUGUUUAUAUCUAUCUCAGUCUCUUCAUAUCUGUCUGUCUAUCUCAGUCUGUUUCUUUCUAUCUAUGUAUCUGUCUGUCUCAUUUUGUUCAUAUCUAUCUAUCUAUCUAUCGCAGUCUGUUUAUAUCUAUUUAUCUAUCUAUCGAUCUAUCUAUCUAUCCCUGUUCAUUGUCUAUCAAUCUAUCUUUCACAGAACAUUCAAUAUCUAUCAAUCUCUCUCAUUCUGUUCAUAUCUUUCUAUAUAUCUAUCUUAUUCUGUUUAUAUCUAUCUAUCUAUCUUAUUCUCUCUGUUUAUAUCUAUCUAUCUUAUUCUAUCUGUCUAUCUAUCUCAUUCUGUUCAUAUCUAUCUAUCUAUCUAUCUAUCUAUCUAUCUAUCUCAGUCUGUUUAUAUCUAUUUAUCUAUCUAUCGAUCUAUCUAUGUAUCCCUGUUCAUUGUCUAUCUAUCAAUCUAUCUUUCACAGAACAUUCAAUAUUUAUCAAACUAUCUCAUUCUGCUCAUACCUUUCUAUAUAUCUAUCUCAGACUGUUUAUAUCUAUCUAUCUAUCUAUCUAUCUAUCUAUCUAUCUAUCUAUCAAUCUAUCUAUAUAUCUCAGUUUAUUCAUAUCUAUCACAGACUAUUCAUUUCCUAUCAGUUUAUCUAUCUCAUUCUGUUCAUAUCUAUCUACUUAUCUAUUCUUUCUAUUCAUAUCUAUCUCAGUCUCUUAAGAUAG